AUGACCUCCAUCCCGAGGCAUGAGCUCCAGGCUCUGGUCAAGCUGGUCAACAGCAACCAGCUGCUUAAUCGACAACUUUCGAGCAUCUGUCAGCUGAACGGUCUCACUAGCAGCGGGGUUAAGGCGGCGCUGCAGGGUCGCAUCGUGAACGCUAUCCAAGACGCUUUCAAUGCUGGCGAUGUUACCCGCUUCCAGCAAAUCCAACGAAGUAUCGAGACCACCCGAACUGGCGGUUCUUCUUCGCCUGCAUCCCACAAGACGGCGCGUCCUCCUGCAACCUCACAGCCCGGCGUCAUGCGACAAGAUUCAUAUUGGAGCCCACGAAACGGUCGACCUACGGGUCCGAAUGGCCAUUCGACGGCACACGGUUUUGGGGCCACAAUCGGCCCGCGAUUCAAGGAUACUCCGUUCUACGAGCUGGAGUCCCGGGUUGGUGACGUUCGUGUCUGUGAGACUAUGAGCCAACAUAGAAACAUGGUUUCCAUUCCGAUCAGACUCAACGACUGCCCGUCGCUCAACAAAGUGGUAGAAAACAAGGAUCUGUAUCGUGUCAUGGUGUUCUGCGCCGAGAACAACAACAACGAGAUCCAGAACAUCUCUUUUCCACACCAAUCGGAGAUCAAGAUAAAUGGCAAUGAGGUCAAGGCCAACCUGAGGGGUUUGAAAAAUAAGCCAGGGUCGACAAGGCCGGUCGAUAUCACGAGUUUUCUGCGCCUGAAAAAUGACGUCCGAACCCUCGUCGAGUUCACAUACGCCUUGACACAAAAGAACACUCCGAACCAGAAAUUCUAUCUAGUUGUCUACGUCUGCAAGAUCACGACAGCCCAGGCGCUAGCUGAAAAAAUCAAAACCGGCAGAAAGAUACCCAAGCAAUCGGUCAUCCAGGAGAUCAGCAAGAAGGCAGCGGAUACGGACAUUGUGACGACAUCCCAGGUCUUGUCUCUCAAAUGCCCACUCUCCUAUAUGCGGCUUGACUUGCAAGAGCAAGGGCCCCAGUGGCUGUGCCCUAUCUGUAACAAACCUGCGCCGUUUGAUCAGCUUGCGGUUGACGAGUAUGUCAAGGAGAUCUUGGCAAACACGUCUAAAUCACUGGACCAAGUCACCAUCGAGCCUGACGGACAGUGGCGAGUGAAUUCGUCGCAGGACGACAAGUCGACCAACGGUAGAAACGGAGCGGUUGACGAUGAUGACGAUGACGACGACUUCAUCAUCCAGGAGGUCAGUGUCGUCCGCAGUCGCAACUUCGAAACACCAAACCGGUCAGUUGCCAGCACGGCAACGCCAACGACAACGGCCAUGUCGCGUGAAAGCUCGACGAUGCCGCGUGGUCUUGGUUCCACUAGUGGCAAGAGACCGCACAGUGAAAGAGUGACGAUAGAUCUUACCUUGUCCGACGACGACGACGAACCGAUCCAGCCGCCUCCAAAACGGCAGCAGCUGCAACCGCCGUCGGCGACUAAUUAUGCCAAUGGUUAUGGCGGUUCACUUUACUGA